CGCUUUCACUUCCGGGGCAGCGGCGGCCAUUUUGUGGCGUUAAGUAGGCGCGCGCGGGCGGCGCCCCGCUCAUUUCCUCGCGGCCGCGGGCAGGGCAGGUGGUCUCAGCGCUGCGUCUCCGUUGCGGCCUUAGGCCUCGUCCUUUUCUCAGAGCCCGAAGCCGCCGCCGCCCCUUGGGGGGCUACCGCCCGCCAUGAGCUACGGGCGCCCUCCGCCAGACGUGGAGGGCAUGACGUCCCUCAAGGUAGACAACCUGACCUACCGGACGUCCCCGGACACGCUCCGGAGGGUUUUCGAGAAGUACGGCCGCGUGGGCGACGUCUACAUCCCCCGGGACCGCUACACCAAGGAGAGCCGCGGGUUCGCUUUCGUCCGUUUUCACGACAAACGCGACGCCGAAGACGCGAUGGACGCCAUGGACGGGGCCGUGCUGGAUGGCCGCGAGCUCCGCGUGCAGAUGGCCCGCUACGGCCGCCCCCCAGACUCUCACCACAGCCGCCGCGGCCCUCCGCCCCGCCGCUACGGGAGCAGCGGUUACGGCCGUCGCAGCCGCAGCCCGAGGAGACGCCGCCGCAGCCGAUCGAGAAGCAGGAGCCGCUCUCGGUCCCGCAGCCGAUCUCGUUACAGCCGGUCCAAAUCCCGCUCUCGCACACGCUCCCGGUCUCGCUCCACCUCGAAGUCCAGAUCCGCCAGGAGAUCCAAGUCAAAGUCCUCAUCUGUCUCCAGAUCUCGGUCCAGGUCAAGAUCUCGGUCCAGAUCUAGGAGCCCUCCACCUGCUUCAAAGAGGGAAUCCAACUCCAGAUCCAGGUCUAAGAGCCCUCCCAAGUCUCCGGAAGAGGAAGGAGCUGUGUCCUCCUAGGAAAAUGGUAAUGUACCUCGGGAUCAGCACACCUUGCAUGUUACUUUAUUGUAGCACUUAAGCGGGGUGUUGGGUAGUUCGUAGUAUUAAUAGCUUGAACCAAGUGGAUCCUAGUGGGGCACGUUGUUAGCUGUUUGUUGUUUUUUUUUUCUUGAGCAGUGCUUUUUGGUUAUCGGUUUAGGGAAAUUAAUACCGAAGGGCUUUCUGCACAGAAAAUUUUCAUGUUUUGUUGAGAGAUUAAUGGUUUGGUUUUUAUUAAAAUAUUGUAUGAGACACAACCUAUGAUGAAAAUGACUAUUUCUUACUGUAUUUAUCCAACAUCUGCAUUUUCCCCUUUAAAGCUGCGGUCUCCUGUUUGCUAAAAGAAUAUUGGCCAGUAUUGCAGAUUUUAACUGAUUUGGCUGAUCCUCCAGGGACCAGUUUCUGUGGGCGUGUAUUGGAGCAGGUUUGUCUUUAAAUGUUAAAGAUACACUAUCCUUUUAUAAUGGAAUGGAAGAUCGGUUCAGUGGCCGUUGUACUGACUGGAGGUAACUGUUCUAGCAAAGUGGCAAAUUCGUUGCAAUGAAAAAACUGCGGAAACUAGUUUUUCCUCAAGUUGUCAACCUGAAGAGGCUCCUAAGGAUAACACUGGGUGGGGAAAGGAUAGUGUGUCUUUAACCCAUUCAAACUGUUUGGUCCUCUUUUUUAAAAGGAAAGGGCCUAAGCUAGCUCUGAAGGUAGAUAAUUGUAGCAACUAGUGACACUUUGUUUUGACCGUUAAUUAGUUUAGUUAAGCCUUUAACAAGAAGUAUUAGUUUUAUAACUUUAAUUAAACUUUCAAUAAUUGAUUGUGGAACAGGCUGAAUUCAAGUUAAAAGUGGUUUGAUGGGCAGCCUGGCGUUUAUUCCUUGUAACAAAAUCCUUUCACAGAACUUUACAUUUGGCCUCUGAAUUAAAAACAACACAUGGGGGGAGGUGGAACACCAUGGUAAUGCCCAAAACUUUUAAGAAAUUAGGCAAAGCCAGUUGAAACACAACUAGAAAUAAUACCUGAAGUCAUCCACGCAGCGGAGAAGAAACGAGAUAGAAACCUAGCUGAAUUUUUCUUUCUUCAAAUCUAGAUGCAUCAGAUAAAUGAGAAUCUACAUAAAGGACGCCUUUGGGGGGAAAGGAUCGCUUGAGUCUACAGUCCAUUGGAGAGACCCCUGGCAUGAGCAACCAGCUGUUGAAAAGGUUAUUUUGUAACAUUUUGUCUAACUUUUUACUUGUUUAAGUUGCGCCUCAAGUGGCAGAUUUUACAUUUUAUGUGCCAUUUUGUUGCUGUUAUUCAAAUUUCUUGUAAUUUAGUGAAGUGAACGACUACCGAUUUCAUUAUUGGCUUGGAUAUUUGAGGUAAAACUUCAUUUCUGUUUAUAUAGUGCUGACUUUCAUUUGAAAUUAAACAGAUGGUAACUUGCUGCCUCAAGUUUCAUACUGAGGAAAUAAUGCAGCUCUUAUAUGCUGAGUAGCUGUCAAAAAGUAUUCUCAAUUUUUGUCUUCAUUCCUUAAAUAAAAUUCUGAAAAGCUUCAAUUUGAAAUUUACUGUAAAUGCUUUUUUACUUUGAAUUCAAAUAGUAUCUUCAAAUUGGUAGAAAUCUUUUCAGGUGACAGUUGAUAUUUGAAAGGAUUGUUUUUAUCAGACUCAAUUCUAAUCUCUUCUCUUAUGUAUUUUUGUGCACUAGGCGCAGUUGUGUAGCAGUUGAGUAAUGCUGGUUAGCUGUUAAGGUGGCGUGUUGCAGUGCAGAGUGCUUGGCUGUUUCCUGUUUUCUCCUGAUUGCUCCUGUGUAACGAUGCCUUGUCGUGCAGAAACAAAUGGCUGUCCAGUUAAUUAAAAUGCCUGACAACUGCACUUCCAAUCACCCGGGCCUUGCAUAAAAAUAACGGAGCAUACAGUGAGCACAUCUAGCUGAUGGUAUACACACCUUAUUUUUUCCAGAAUGGUAAAUCUUGCCAACAUGCAUAUAUGAACUUAUAUUUGAGAAAUGUAAUGUUAAGAAAGAAAUGGUUCAUUCCUCUGUAAGUACUGAUUGGUGUAUCUUUUGCUUAAGACAUCUUGUACUAUACCCACUGUCUCUGUAGUUAAUAUUAAACAUUUUUCUGUGUUAACUUUUCUCAACUUAAUGUCUGAGUCAGCUUAUUUUUAGCUUGAAAAGAUUUCUGCAAUUAUACUGUCAAUGUUUAACUUCUAUAUAGUAACAGAAUGCAUUCUCCUGCUUCUUAAUUUUAUCCACUGGGGUUGCUUUUAAAUUACUACGGGCAGACUUGCUGGUAUUGUGACUAACCCAAAUGCUGUAUGAAUAGUAUUGCACACCAGACUCUAUAAACACAAAACUGGGUCUGUUGGAUGUAAUGGAGGAUACACACUGAGCAGUACUAAUUGCAUUUGCUGUGUGCUUGUUUUGACUCAACAGGCUGCUGCUUGAUGGUAGCUCAUCUUAGUGAUCAUUCAUUUCUUGAUUUUUUUUUUUGGAUACCAAAUGGAUUGUAAUGUCAAUCAUCACAUGUCAAGGGUUAUUGUAAUGCCUUGUAAACUUUAUGCAUGUAUGUUAAAUGGAAAUGGAAACAUCUGAAUACUUGCAGUCUGGCUUGACCAGGGAUUAAAAGUGCUUUUCUACAAA